CCGCUGUGACAGAUGGAAUGCGCGUGCGAGCUCACGUCGUUCAGAUGAGCCGUCGCUUUAUUGCUCAAUAUUUUGUGGUGCAAACGACCGAUUCAGGUUUCUUCUUCUUCUUUGAAAUUGUCGUGAGACUGAGAGAAACUGAAACUGCUGAGAUCCUGCGACAUUUUUUACAUUUUUGUACCUGUUUAAGUUUAGUUUAAAUAAAAUUCUUUUGAUUUGACUAUCCUAUCUACUAUACUAUCUAGUAUUCAGAAAAGCAACCCAAUCAAACCUGAGUGUUAAAGGCUUGUCCCUCACUACGGGUUAUCACGUUUUGAUUGCUGCUCCAGCGAACAUGCCUGUAAGUAAUGCAAUUAUGUGUUUUAAAUCGCAAAUGACACCUUUCUGUACAAUUUGGUUGGCCGUUAAUCCCAUCACCAGCUUAGACAUAAGACCUCGUGAACAAGGAACCAGACCAACCAGAAUGCCUGAUUGGGAAACUCCAAUCCAACGGGGAGGAUCUUACCUGUGACUACAAAAGAGAGACGGUUCCCUCUGGGUAUUUAUUGUUUGAGUUUGAUGAAUGACGAUCAGAACUCUCCGUAUGACAACACAGUUGCAAACAUGUCCCUCGCCGUUCCGUUAGAGGAGCAGUUCAAGUGCUGCAUCUGCCUGGACAUCUUCACCCACCCGACCUCCAUCCCAUGUGGUCACAACUUUUGCCUGGAGUGUAUUGAGGGAUUUUGGGACACUAAGAGAAAGACUGAGUGUCCUUUGUGCAAAGAGAAAUUCAGAGAGCGACCACCACUAAAGAUCAACUGUGGAUUUAAUGAAAUCAUUAAGAUUUACAAAAGGGCUCAAGAGGGGAGUGCAAACCUUGCGACGCCGCCAGGAAGCGAGGCUGACCAAGUUCCCUGUGACGUUUGCUGCGGAGACAAGUCCCCAUCGGUCAAGUCGUGUCCAACCUGCCUGCUGUCUUAUUGCGAACUUCACCUCACGCCACACGAGAGGGAUGCGGCGCUGCAGAAGCACCAGCUGAUGGAUACGGCCACUUUCAUCACCACUCACCUCUGCGGAAAACACAGGAAGCCGCUAACUAAGUUCUGCACGAGCGACCAGAAGCCUGUUUGUGUGAAAUGUACAGAGAGGGAACACAAACACCACACCAUAGUACCGAUAGAGAAGGAGAGGAACAGGGUCAAGACCUCUUUGAGGGACAAAAAGACCAGCAUCAAACAGAUGAUCCAUGCCAGACGCAGAAAGAUGGAACAGAUCAAUAACUCUGUGGAUCUAAGUAAAAAAAUCACAGAGAGGGAGAUCCAGGGCAGUGCUAAGGUCUGCAGCUUGCUCAUAACCGCCAUUGAGAAGAACCAGGCCAGGCUUGUGGAAGAGCUGGAGCAGAAGCAUCAAGAAGCCGAGAGGAGAGCCGCGGAGCUGUUGCAGGAGCUGCAGCAAGAAAUCAGAGAGCUUCAGGCGAGGGGCAUCGAGCUGGUGCAGCUGGAGCAAAGUCAGAGCCCGGUUCACCUCCUGCAGAGUUUCCCAUCUCAAAGUCCACUCCCAUCCACCAGAGAGUGGUCCGAGGUGGCGGUCUACUCUGAUCACUGCAUGGGGGCGGUGACCAGAGCCUUCUCCGAGCUCAUCGCCGUCUGCCAGGAUCUAUCGGACAAGCUGUCUGAAGAUGAAGUAGACAGGCUGAAUCAAUACGCAGUCGAUGUCACUCUGGACCCUGAGACUGCUUCAGGUUGGCUCGUCCUGUCUCCAGACAGAAAGAAGGUGGCCGUCGGCAGCCAGAAGAAUAAUUUAGUCCUGGACAGUCCUCGGCGGUUUAACUCCUGCGUUUGUGUUUCGGGGAAACAAAGCUUUGCCACUGGAAGGCGCUACUGGGUUGUUCAGGUUGGAAACAAAACAGACUGGGACCUCGGCGUGGCCCGGGAGUCCAUCAACAGGAAGGGAGCCAUUGUGGUGCGUCCCGACAGCGGCUACUGGGCCAUCUGCCGGCGGGAAGGCGGCGGCCUCAAAGCCUGUGCCAGCCCCUCCGUCAAGCUCCGCCUCCAAGAAACGCCGCAGAAAGUGGGCGUGUUCCUGGACUACGACGAAGGCUUGGUGUCCUUCUACGACGCAGAGGCAAAGACCCACAUUUACACCUACAGCGGGUGUGACUUCAACGAGCCCCUCAACCCGUACUUCAACCCCUGUGUUCCAGACGAGGGGAAGAACAUCGCCCCGUUGAUCAUCUGUCCUCUGUGACAUGUCAUGAGAAAGGAUGAUGCAAAGGUUUAUUAUUGAAGUUUAUAUACUGUACAAUGAACUAAUUUUACUUGACUAGUAUUUAACCAUCACUGCAAAAGGCUGCUAAAAAAAGAAGGCAGAAAUAUCUACAUUGUAUCUGACUGCAUGUAUUGUUUUUUCAACUCAAUUGAGUCAUGUGUAAAUACAUAUAAUUAUACAUCAUGUAUUUGAACAUAAAAAAGCCUCGAAAGGUGCAUGAACUGUGAAAUGUUAAUAAGUAUCCUAAAGGGGUAAUUUAUCACCUGAGAUACAAAUUGUUUAACCGCAAAUUAACGCGACGGCUCAUCUGAACGACGUGAACUCGCACGCACAUUCCAUCUGUCACAGCGAGGUGAUGGAAGAUGUUUACCCAUGAAGGUCUGGGCGUGAUGUCUUAGCAACGACUCAACAAAAAUAUGCUCUGUACUAUGCUUUUAGAUGUGAUCAUUGUUCUGAUUGAACAUGAACAAUUUCCCUUUGGUGAAGGAAAUUAAUCCAAACAUUUCAUGAAGAAAGAAUUGUAAAAGAAAAGUAACAGCGCACUUGUGUAUUUGUAAAAUUGUCUUUUUAAGGAUUGUUUAAUUUUUUUUGUUAUGUUUUUUCUUUUUUGUUAUUUAUUCAUUCGUAUAUGUUGUGAUACAAUAUUGAUAUAGGUUGCAACUACAAAGUAUUUUUCUCAUUAAACUUAUCUUUUAUGGAAAAUA